AGCCAAAGUCCCUCCAAAUCUCACCCUCUAUCUUCUAUUCCCUCGCUCAUAAAUUACUCUCUCUCUUCUCUCCUCUUCUCACACUCUUCUUCUCCAACAGAUUUACCUCCCCUUUCCUCGCAGAGAUGGUUGAGUCCACUCUCCUUCCAGAUCUCGCCACUCAGGUCCUCAUACCUCUCUGCGCCAUAGUCGGCAUCGCCUUCGCCCUCGUUCAAUGGCUCCUAGUCUCCAAGGUCAAGGUCUCCACCGACAAAUCCCACUCCGACUCCAAAAACGGCUUCGCCGAGCCCCUCAUCGAGGAGGAGGACGGCGUCUCCGAGCACGCCGUUGUCCAGAAGUGCGCCGAAAUCCAAGCCGCCAUCUCUGAAGGUGCAACAUCGUUUCUAUUUACCGAGUACCAGUAUGUUGGUAUCUUCAUGGUUGCUUUUGCUAUCUUGAUAUUCCUCUUCCUCGGCUCUGUGGAGGGAUUCAGUACAGAGGCUAAAGCUUGCACCUUUGAUGCCACCAAGUUAUGCAAGCCUGCUCUUGCCUCAGCUAUCUUUAGCACUGUAGCAUUCCUUCUUGGUGCAAUAACUUCUUUAAUUUCGGGGUUCCUGGGGAUGAAAAUUGCCACCUAUGCCAAUGCAAGAACUACUUUAGAGGCUAGGAAAGGUGUGGGGAAAGCUUUCAUUGUUGCUUUCAGAUCAGGUGCAGUGAUGGGUUUUCUUCUUGCCGCAAGUGGUCUACUGGUUUUGUUUAUUGCAAUCAACCUCUUCAAGCUGUACUUUGGUGAUGACUGGGAAGGCCUAUUUGAGGCUAUAACUGGUUAUGGACUUGGUGGUUCUUCAAUGGCUUUAUUUGGCAGAGUUGCUGGUGGAAUUUACACCAAAGCUGCUGAUGUAGGGGCAGAUCUUGUGGGUAAGGUGGAAAGGAACAUUCCUGAAGAUGACCCUCGGAACCCUGCAGUUAUUGCAGACAAUGUUGGUGACAAUGUUGGGGAUAUUGCCGGUAUGGGGUCCGAUCUAUUUGGCUCAUAUGCAGAAUCUUCCUGUGCGGCACUUGUUGUUGCCUCCAUCUCAUCGUUCGGGAUUAACCAUGAGUUUACUGCCAUGCUAUACCCUCUGCUAGUCAGCUCUGUUGGAAUUCUUGUUUGUUUGCUCACCACAUUAUUUGCAACUGAUUUCUUUGAGGUCAAGGCUGUCAAAGAAAUUGAGCCAGCACUCAAAAAGCAACUUAUAAUCUCCACAGCAUUGAUGACUCUUGGAGUAGGCUUGGUCAGCUGGAUUGCCCUUCCUUCCUCUUUCACAAUAUUUGAUUUUGGAUCACAGAAAGAUGUUAAGAGCUGGCAAUUAUUCCUAUGCGUCUGUGUUGGUUUAUGGGCUGGCCUUAUAAUUGGUUUUGUCACAGAAUACUAUACCAGCAAUGCUUACAGCCCAGUACAGGAUGUUGCUGAUUCAUGCCGUACAGGAGCAGCUACCAAUGUCAUCUUUGGCCUUGCAUUGGGAUACAAAUCUGUUAUAAUUCCAAUUUUUGCCAUAGCCAUUAGCAUUUUUGUCAGUUUUAGCUUUGCCGCUAUGUAUGGAAUUGCAGUUGCUGCUCUUGGAAUGCUGAGUACUAUAGCUACUGGUCUGGCUAUUGAUGCUUAUGGACCGAUCAGUGACAAUGCUGGAGGUAUCGCUGAGAUGGCAGGCAUGAGCCACAAAGUCCGAGAGAGGACUGAUGCCCUUGAUGCUGCAGGAAACACCACGGCCGCUAUCGGAAAGGGAUUUGCCAUCGGAUCUGCUGCUCUUGUGUCUCUUGCCCUCUUUGGUGCAUUUGUAAGCCGUGCCGCAAUAUCAACUGUAGAUGUCCUAACUCCUAAAGUAUUCAUAGGAUUGCUGGUUGGUGCUAUGCUUCCGUACUGGUUCUCAGCCAUGACAAUGAAGAGUGUGGGCAGUGCAGCUCUGAAGAUGGUUGAAGAAGUGCGCCGACAAUUUAACACCAUUCCUGGUAUCAUGGAGGGAACUGCUAAGCCUGACUAUGCAACUUGUGUCAAGAUCUCCACUGAUGCAUCUAUCAAGGAGAUGAUCCCCCCUGGUGCUCUUGUCAUGCUUACACCUCUUAUCGUUGGCACUCUUUUUGGUGUUGAAACUCUCUCUGGAGUCCUUGCUGGAUCCCUCGUCUCUGGUGUCCAAAUUGCCAUCUCCGCAUCCAACACAGGCGGAGCUUGGGACAACGCCAAGAAAUACAUCGAGGCCGGUGUAUCUGACCAUGCACGCUCACUCGGUCCCAAGGGAUCAGACGCGCACAAGGCAGCUGUGAUCGGGGACACUGUGGGGGACCCGCUCAAGGAUACAUCCGGGCCAUCGCUGAACAUCCUGAUCAAGCUGAUGGCUGUGGAGUCGCUGGUGUUUGCCCCCUUCUUUGCUGCCCAUGGUGGUUUGCUCUUCAAGCUUUUCUAAACUAAGCAGAGAGAGACAUGGAAGAAGGCCUCUCCCCCCCAUUUUGUAAUCUCAUGUUGAAACUAUGAUGAUAUAAUAGUACUUAUUUAUUCUCUGCUUGGGGGCUCUGCUCUCUUCUGUUAGGAGAUUUUUCCCAUUAAUCUUGUCAUAUCACCUCUACAUAUUCUUUCACUAUUACUAAAGGACCUCUCUAAA